UGGCAGGUGCAGCCAGUUGGCAGGCGGACUCCAAGCAAGCGCCUCGUGUCACGUUGUCGCGCAGUUCUCGUGCACCACGUCCCGGUGUCGUCCACCAAUAACGCGGGCGAACGCGACGGGUACCAAAAAAUAACCAGAUCGGAAUAAACUGAUAUUCAAAUUUUUUGAGAAACAUUUUCCGCUAUCAAAUUUUACUCGAAAGUGUCCAAUAUGCGUCCUCGAACCAUCCCGACAGUUGAAUUAAUCGUCGGCGCGAUCUCAAAAAUUUAACGAUCAACUCCACGAUAAUUAAUGCUCGAACGCACAGUUCAACCUCCGACCCGUCGAGCACAGGAGAUGGGACGAUUUUCCCAUUUGUUUUAAUCUUUUUUGCUUUUUUCUUGUAAAUGUAUGGAAUAAUUAACACGCGUUGUUACAAUAACGAAAGGAAUAUUAUGCAGCGACGUACGACGCACGAAUGGAUAGAAAAUUUGGAAAAAUAAUAAGAGUGUCCGCAUAGUAAAUGUAUAUGUAUAUGGUAUACGGUAUAUAUAUAUGAGUGUUUUUGUUUUUUUGUUUUUUUUUUUUAUAUGGGAAUAAUACAUUCGCGCAGUGAUAUCACGAUCAUAUAUGAUAUAAUUAAUGAAAUUUAUUCGUUAUUGUGAACGUUAAACUGCAGGAGGCUGAUGUAAUUUACAAUUAAUCAUAAUUAAAUAAUUGUGCGGUAUAUAUGUACGGUGCAUCGAUAUGAAAUUUUUACACAUUUAAUUAUACACUGCACGCACACAUACACAUAUAUUUAUAUACAUGUGUCUACACGUGUUGGAAGAAGAAGAAGAAAAAAAACAGAAGAAACAGAAAAAAAAGAAACAAAAAGAAGUGCGGAUGUAAUAUAUGAUUGAAAUUAUAUAUUAUGAAAAAUUACAUCUACAUAUGUAAUAGUGGAAUUAUUAUAUAUUAUCAGCUGCGUCGCAUAUGAUAUAAUUGAGACCGCGAACAAUCAAAAAGACAAAGGAUAUUUGAUUUUGCAGUUGCUGCAGCUGUGCGUGGUGGUGCAGCAGGUAUAAUAAAAUGAAUAAAACAAAACGAGACGAAAUAUAGUUGGGAAAUCAAUUAUUCGUCUUAGAUUGAUAUAUACUAAAUAUAUAUAAUACAAAUGAAUACAUGUGUAUCGAUAUAUAGCCAACCGUCGGCGAUUUCUGAAAGGAUCAAGUUGACGACAGUCAUAUUCCGUAAUACAUACCUAUGUAUAUUGGACACAUGCGAUUCACAGCUGAUUUAAAAAAUUGAGAAAACCAUUAUCGAGCGAGUGAAAACAGAUAAAGUAAUUAAAUUCAAUUAAAGUAACAACAACUUCGAUAAGCGCGUACCACCUAACACCUGAUUCGCUCGUUGAACGGAACGUGAAUUAUAUACAUGUAGUAGAAAAUUGCAAGAAGAGGACUAGCCGAAGGAGAAGACGAUCGAAGGAUAGAAUUUCAUUCGUAUCCGUCGUUCGAUAGAAAAACAUAAGAAACAUAAAGAUAAAAAGAGCGCGAGUUUUGAUUACCAAAAUAAAUAGUGAAGAUCGUCGCCAGUGCGUGUCGUAUAGAGAUAAUAAAGCUACACACAGAGGUACACGUAACAACCGUAGCUACGACCUAUAGGUGAUACAGAUAUAUAAAAAAUUGAAAGGAAUCAAGAUUAAAAGUGAAGAGAAGUGGAAUUCGUUGGGCUUGGGUAUAAUAUUGUAACAGUGGGUGCGCUGGGGCCCUCCGCACCCUUCGGCCGUUACGGGCCCGCCGAGGGAGCGGCCGCUUCUGGGGAGGUGGAGGGGUACGGGGGCGGUGGGGGCGGGGGUGGCGCCCCUGGGGUUGCAGGACUCGCGGGGGGAACCCCCCGGAUCAGGGUUGCACCCCUGGGGGGGCCUUGUUGCGCGCCCCUUCCCGUCACCCAGGCCCACAAUAUCGGAAGGUGCGGAUUAGCUAUGCUCCUGUCAUGUGCGGGCUGCGAGAAACCUAUUCUUGACAAGUUCCUGUUGAAUGUCUUGGAUCGAGCGUGGCACGCCGAUUGUGUACGAUGUUUCGACUGUCGCAAUCCACUACAGGACAAGUGCUUCUCCAGGGAAGCGAAACUCUUCUGCAGAAACGAUUUCUUCAGGCGGUACGGCACGAAGUGCGGCGGUUGUCUGCAGGGCAUCAGCCCGUCGGAUCUGGUCAGAAAAGCGAGAGACAAGGUGUUUCAUCUCAACUGUUUUACCUGCCUAGUUUGCCGGAAACAAUUGAGCACGGGGGAGGAACUCUACGUCUUGGACGACAACAAGUUCGUAUGCAAAGAGGAUUAUUUGUCGGGGAAACCCUUGCCCCACACUCACCACGCUCACAGUCAUCACAGUCAUCACGGAGGCGAUUCGUUGAUGGGAUCGGGUUCGGAGGACGAGGACGAUGACGGAAGUUCGCAUCAUCACCACAGCGGCGUUGGCGGCACGCAUUUAGGGCCCCAUAAUUUGGCCGCCGGGGUCCCCGGAGAUCCGGGAGUGGGACACGGCGGUGAUUUACCCCUCGGCGGCGACCCCUGCAAGCAGGAAGACUCCGAGGAUCAAGGUUCGCUCGACGGCGAUCCUGAGACCCGAGACAGCCAGACGGAGAAUAAAAGUCCCGAUGGAGGUGCGGGAGGAGGAAGCGGCGACGGUGGAGCCGGUUCAAAAAGGCGAGGCCCCAGGACGACCAUUAAAGCAAAACAGUUGGAGAUCCUCAAGACCGCGUUUUCGCAGACGCCUAAACCCACGAGACACAUCAGAGAACAACUCGCAAAGGAGACCGGACUGCCCAUGAGGGUCAUACAGGUGUGGUUCCAGAACAAGAGAAGCAAAGAGCGGAGGUUGAAACAACUGACGUCUAUGGGGAGAGGACCGUUUUUCGGAGGUUCCCGGAAAAUGCGAGGCUUCCCUUUGAACCUGAGCCCCGGCGCGUUGGGCGGCGAAGACGGACCACCCCCGGGAUUCCCCUAUUUCGCUGCGGACAAAUUUGAAUUCGGCUACGGCGGACCCGUGGCGUUUCACCACGAAUUCUUCGGCGGACAUCCGCCGCCGCAUCCUCACGGUCCGCCCUUCAGCGGCCCCGGAAAUCCUGUUGGUCUUGCUAUUGCAGGCCUAGAUCCAGCUAGUCUAGCAGGAAUGGCAGCUGCGGCGGCAGCAGCAGGCGAAUAUCCUCCCCCAGGUGGACCGGGUGGUCCUCCUGAAUUCCUCACGGGUCCUCCUGGACAAGGUCCUCCCGCGCCGCCGGGUGGUAGUCCCGGUGAAUUUUUGGCGCCGUCGGGACGCUGUGGGACCUUUACAGGCGGUGGACAGGGUAAUCCUGGUGGUGGGGGUAACGGAGGUGGUCCUGGAGGCGGAGGGGGUGGGGGUGGAUUUCCCGAACCCCACCAGAUGCAGAGCGAAGGUCUCGUCUGGUAGAACAAAUUAGCCCUACCAGCUAUAUUUAAUUUAUGUAAAGAAAAACUCGAUCACUGAAGAAAAGUAAAUUUGAGGAACAAUCUGCACAUAUGAUAUUACUGACUAAAAAGAGAAAUUAUAUUAUGUAUAUCGACAAAGAAAGACAAUUUCUCAAAAGAUUUAUUAUAAAUUGCUGUAUCAGCUGAUAUUUUCACCAUCGGUCUAUAGAAAUAUAUUACAGUAUAUAUAUAUAUAAUUAUAUAUAUAUACAUGCCGAAAAAGUUUUUCUCGUUUCGUUUUUUUGUUUGUUUUUUUUUGGGUUCUUCUUCUUUUUUUUUCUUUGUUUGUU